AAGGAAGAGGAGGGGAGCAGCAGCAGCAGCAGCAGCAUGAAAAAGCUAGUGAGCGAUCAAGGGAAAGAGAGCAAGAGAGUGAGGGAAAGGGAGCGAGCACUCUGAAUUGUGAGUGGCUUACGACACUCAGUGAACAGAAGGUGCUCCUGCAUGCGCUGUCAGUGUACUGCUCUGCUGCAAGGGAUUGUGUACUCCUUUGCUUUACCACGUUCACCGCGCCUGCCUGCCUGCCAGCCAGCCAGCGGCAGUCUCAAACAGCCUGUUCCUGCCGGCCGACAAAACACCGGGAGAGCGCGGGAGGUGACAGAAAAAAAACUGGGAGCCACGGGGUGAUGCGUGCGACUUUGAAACCAAGACGAGCCACUGAGAAGACAAGGAAUACUGGUGCACAAGAUAAAGCGUGAACAUGCUUCACCUCUUUCAAUCCUGAUUUGUAUUUUUUUUUUGCAUUGGUCACUGAAAGCAUGAUCACCCGCUUGAAUGGAUUUAAACCGUACAAGUGAGUGAUCGCUUCUACAGAUGGACGGUAAUAUGUGUUGACAGAUCUGCUGAAACUUAAGCGGGAAGGGGAGGAGAAAGCAGCGAGACAUUUGAAAAGAUUUUUCCUUGGUCCCCCCUUUUUUUUUUUUCUUUCUGUGGUUGUCUCUUCUUCCCUCUGAUCAUUGCAGCAGAGGACUGCGGAGGAGCAGAAGAGACAGAGCUCAUGUAUGCAGACAGGGGAACUUGCACUUCCUACCAUCUAGCUGAAAGCUACUUGGAUUCCUUCUCUUUUUGGCUCUUUCCUUUGAGGAGAACUAAGACAUUGUAAGCCUGCCAAGGAUCUGGUGUCCACUGAAAAGAGAAAAGGGAGGGAGCAAGAGGAAGGGGUGGGGGGGGGAUUUGUACCACAGUGGGGUCUUUUUUAGAUUCACACAUAAUUAGUGUUGGGGCACAAAGCGAGACGCUGAAUGGAGAUUGUCAGCUUUUGGAUAGGGGUGAGUAGGAAUCUUUUCAAAUAAGAUCAAUGAGGACAAUUUUAUUUUUUCCAUCCCCUCUACUCUCCACCCACCGCUUGAUUUCUUGCACAAGCAAGGAGACGUGCCCUCUAUCCUUUUGUAUUUUAGACAAAGAUUCCUUUGGUUGUCAAAGUAAACGAAGUGCAACAUCACCGUCUUCAGCUAGAAUACAAAAUUGCAACAAAUAUUAUUGCACUCAUUGAAUAUGAUGUGAUUGCUGCAAAAACAAUAUCCAGAGUGGUUCAAUGGACAUUUUCUCAGAGACAUCUCUGGAUACUUAUGCUAAUGGAUUUCCUUCUAAUUGGACUGUACUUAAAGUGGCCACUGAAGAAGCCCCCUGGGUUGAUACUGUGUUUGUUGGGGAUUUUUCUAAAAACGGUUCCCUCGGUGGAGGGGGUUUGUCCACGGCUGUGCCGCUGCGACAGCAAGCUGCUGUACUGCGAGGGUCUCAACCUCACAGACAUUCCCCGCAAUCUGAGCAGCGCCAUGGGCCUGUCCAUGAGAGAGAACAACUUAACCGAGCUGCGUGAAGGCCAACUGGUCGGUCUGUCGCAGCUCACCUGGCUCUAUCUAGAUCACAACAACAUUGACAUUGUAGAGGAGGGUGCUUUCGACAGGCUGAGACGGGUCAAGGAGUUGGACCUCAGCAGCAACCGGAUUGACAGUCUGCCAAAUGGCACCUUUAGGCCCCUCCCAAACCUGCGUAUUCUGGACCUCUCGUACAACAGGCUGCAAGCACUGGAGCCUGAUCUGUUCCACGGCCUUAGAAAGCUCACCAAUUUGCAUUUGCGCUACAAUGUUUUGAAAUUUGUGCCGGUGCGGAUUUUUCAGGAUUGCCGGAGCAUGCAGUUUCUGGACUUGGGAUACAACCAAUUGCAGAGCCUAGCGAGGAACUCCUUCGCUGGCCUCUUCAAGUUAACCGAGUUGCAUCUUGAGCACAACGAGCUGGUUAAAGUCAACCUCGCCCACUUCCCUCGCCUCAUCUCCUUACGUACACUAUACAUGCACAACAAUCGCGCUACUGUUGUCGUCAGCACCCUGGACUGGACAUGGAAUUUUUUAGAGAAGAUCGACCUCUCGGCCAAUGAAAUAGAGUCCAUGGAACCACAUGUUUUUGAGAGCGCACCCAACCUCAAGGUGCUGAUGCUGGAUUCCAAUCGGUUGACCUCUGUGGAUCAGCGCAUCCUGGAUUCUUGGUCAUCUCUGGACAGCAUAACCCUGGCGGGGAAUGACUGGGAGUGCAGUCGUAACGUGUGUGCUCUGGCCUCUUGGCUCAGUGCCUUCCGAGGCCAGCGUGACAGCUCCCUGCUGUGUUCAAGCCCCGACACCGCGCAGGGCGAGGACGUGUUGGAUGCUGUGUAUGCUUUUCAGCUAUGUGAGGGUCCCCCGAUGGAGGUCACUACAGCAGGCCUGUAUGCCUCCACAAGGGAUCUGUCCCAGGGCGGUUCGGUUUUCCUUGGCCCAUUUACCCCUAACCCUUACGAGGGUGAGGGCGGUGAGGUGGUAACCAGUUCUUUCACCGUCACAGUGGGCCACGAUGACCUGGAGAACACCAUGCAGAUCCACAAGGUGGUGACUGGCACCAUGGCACUCAUUUUUUCCUUUCUCAUCAUUGUGCUGAUGCUGUACGUGGCAUGGAAGUGCUUUCCAGCAGGAAUAAGACAACUGAGGCAGUGCUUCAGCAGUCAGCGCCGUAAGCAGAAGCAGAAGCAAAGCAUGCAGCAGAUGGCUGCAAUUUCUACACCGGAGUACUAUGUCGACUACAAACCUAACCACAUUGAGGGAGCUCUGGUCAUCAUCAAUGAAUAUGGCUCUUGCACUUGCCAACAGCAACCUUCUCGGGAAUGCGAGGUGUGACCAUGAUUUGUGAAUAAGUCUUUACCUGUUAUUUUCUGGAAAUACAGUAAAUCCCUUUUUGGAUACAAGGGGGAGGGAGUAUUGUGGGGAAGAAGGAAUACAUGGAUCUUUUGGGACUCUUUUUACACAGCAUCUCACUGUGAUUUGGAGGAGUGUGCUUCAUGCGGCUGACUGUUUUGCAGUGGAUUUAGUGCUUCUGCUAUCUACUGUAUAUUUGAGGCCACAGGGCAUAAUGGCCACGGGACUCUAAGACCUGUUGAUGCUCUACAGUAAACCGGAGAGGAAUACAUCGUGGGCACUGAGACUUUUCUCUCUUGGGUGGAUAUUAGAGCUUUAAUGAGUCUUUCUACAUCAGAACAUUUAAUUAUUGUGUAAAAAGAAACUGGGGACACUCAUAAGAUUAAAAAAAAUAACAAGAAGAAAAAAAAUAUUUGUAACAUGAUAAAUACAAUAUUUGACAAGCAUUUAAAAUAUAUAUAAAAAACAUGUUUAUGUUGGAUUCAAAUGUAAAAUAAAAGUCGGUGUAAAAUAUGUUAAAAAAGAAUGGCGCGUGUGGAUAGAACGUUAUAAAAGAUAAUCUAUUUCUUUUUUAAACUACAAAAAAUGUUGAAAUAAAUGAAUUGCUAUUCACAGUAAAAUCAUUUGUAUGUGAUAAGCCUGUCAGAAAGAAUGGACGACCAUAGAUGCUGUCUCUACACUAAUGACAGGAGGGAUACGUCUCUUCAGUGUAUCGAACCAAAAAAAAAUAAAUACGGAAAAAAGGCGAGCAGAGGGAUAUCUGCAUCCCAUCUCCAAUGUACUACCCAUGGUUCGUUAGAUCUCUUUCUUGUUUUAUCUUUCAUAUUUGUUGUUUUAUCAUUCAAUGUGUUGGCUCGCUAUCAGUGUAGUUUAUUUCCCUCUUCACAUUGCCUAUCUGAGAAUAGAUUCAACUGAUCUAUGACAUUUCAAUCGGCAAUCAUAUUACCAAAUCAUUACAUCACUAUCUGUGCACCAUCCAAGCAGAGUGUCAAAUAUCUAAAGCUAUGCCUCGUAUUGCCUCUCACCGUCUGGAUUUCACAGAGGAGCGAUGCCUCCUUCCACUGAAUCAAGCACACUAAAGGAAACAAUCAUCGAAACCAUGCAAACUUAAAAUUAAAAUACAAUGUAAAAUUGUAUCAGAAUCAUUGAAUAAAUUAUCGAGCAGCUUAAAGAUUUGCACAUAAAAUGCUUUUCACUGUGUUUUCAUGUGAUGUACGAUGUUUGUUGAAUACAAGGUCAUUUUGAGGUGUGUAUAUAUAUAUCCUUCUUCCUCUGGUGUUCAUUCUGUAAAUUAGUGCACUGACAGAUGUUGUGUUUCCGGGGCUCUUUGACAUGAACAGUAUGUUGUGGGAGAAGACGGGAAGUGAGAGGGAGAUGGAGGAUCACAGCUACUGCGGAAAGAGGGAACAGACUGCUCUCUAGUGUGCAUAGUCUCAUACUGUGGCUGCAUUUUACCGUGCACCCCACUCUGCCAACCUCCACAGCUAAGGAAACAUCAUUAUACUGAAUAUGCGGCGGCUUUUCUGAAAAAAUAUUCAAUGCAUCAAUCUGAAUCAUUUUUGUGUUAUUUUGCGAUAAAUUAAAGAUAAUGUUUACAACUUGUAAGUCAGCGGGAAUAAAAAUGUUUAAGAAA